UCGGAGUCUGGACGCGCUGCCGGGGGAGCGCCCGCCGUCCGGGCCGCAGAGGCGCCUGCCUUUGAUGCUCGGAGGGGAAGAAUCGCCAUUGCCUCUGGAGCCGGGGGUCCUGGGCUGCUUUCCUAUCCCGCAGCUGCGAGGCUGUCCCUGCCGCCCGGCUGGGCCGGGCCGGACCAGACCCGCCACCUGCGUCCCGGUUGCGCCAUGGAUCCCUCGGAGAGGAAGAUCUCGGUGUGGAUCUGCCAGGAGGAGAAGCUGGUGUCCGGCCUCUCCCGCCGCACCACUUGCUCGGACGUGGUGCGGGUGCUGUUGGAGGACGGCUGCCGGCGACGACGGAGGCAGCGGCGGUGCCGGCGACGGGGGGCGGCUGGCGACUCUCCAGGCCCGGGGGAGCUACCGGAACCCACGGACGAGGACGAGGAGGACGACGACGAGGUGCUUCCGCAGGGCAUGCUGUGUGGGCCCCCGCAGUGCUAUUGCAUAGUGGAGAAGUGGCGCGGCUUUGAGCGCAUUCUGCCCAACAAGACGCGCAUCUUGCGCCUCUGGGCUGCCUGGGGCGACGAACAAGAAAAUGUGCGCUUCGUGCUGGUGCGCAGCGAGGCUUCAUUGCCCAACGCGGGCCCUCGCAGCGCCGAGGCCCGGGUCGUGCUCAGCCGCGAGCGCCCCUGCUUGGCCCGGGGAGCCCCGGCGCGACCCAGCCUGGCUAUGACCCAGGAGAAGCAGCGGCGGGUAGUGCGCAAGGCCUUCCGCAAGCUGGCCAAGCUCAACCGACGGCGCCAGCAGCAGCCGUCGUCGCCUUGUUCGUCCACUUCGUCUUCCACAGCCUCGUCCUGCUCGUCGUCGCCGCGGGCCCACGAAAGCGCGUCGAUGGAGCGCAUGGAGACGCUGGUGCAUCUGGUACUCUCCCAGGACCAUACCAUCCGUCAGCAGGUGCAGCGGCUCCGGGAGCUGGACCGCGAGAUCGACCGCUACGAGGCCAAGGUGCACCUGGACCGCAUGCGGCGCCACGGGGUGAACUACGUGCAGGACACUUACUUGGUGGGCGCGGGCAUCGAGCUCGACGAACCCAGUCCGGGAGAGGAGUCGGAGGCAGCGGCGACGGGGAAGGAGGCGGCGGUAGCGGUGCCCCUGGACGGCGAGACGCAGGUGGCGGCGCUGGAGGAGCUAGCCCGGCGCUGCGACGACCUGAUGCAGCUACAGGAGCAGCGGGCCCAACAGGAGGAGUUGCUCGAGCGCCUCUCAGCUGAGAUUCAGGAGGAGUUGAACCAGAGGUGGAUGCAGCGGCGCCAGGAAGAGCUGGCGGCGCGGGAGGAGCCCCCGGGGCCCGACUGCGGCCCAGACGGCGAGCUUCUGCUGGAGCAGGAGCGGGUCAGGACGCAACUCAGCACCAGCCUUUACAUCGGGCUCCGGCUCAACACGGACCUGGAGGCCGUCAAGUCGGAUUUGGAUUACAGCCAGCAGCAGUGGGUCAGCAAGGAGCGCGAGUUGCAAGGACUUCUUCAGACUUUGCACACUUUGGAGCUAACUAUGGCGCCCGAUGGGUCUCCCGGCUCGGGCGGACCCUCCCGGGAUCCUGGGCCUCAGGCCUGUGCCGAGGUGUGGGUGGACCAGGCCCGCGGACUGUCCAAGAGCUGCCCUGGCAACGACGACGACUCGGAUACGGGGCUGAGCUCUAUGCACAGUCAGGAUUCGGAUUCGGUGCCUGUGUGCGAAUCCCUUGUGUAGGAGAAGUAGGGAGGGAGAGGGUUAUGGACGCUUCUCCCUUCCCAGCAUAAAGCACCGGCUCGGCCGCCUCAGGGACUUGAAACUGGGCUGGGGGUGGGCUUGGAGCGCUUGCAGGCAGCAGCGCCCCACGGGGCGGGAGGAGGGCUCAAGACCGCUGAGCCGCAACGGCGCUCCUCUGGCUCCGGGGGUGAGUGUUUAGGAGGGUGAGGGACAAGGAGGCCGGUGUCCAAUCCAAACGCUUUUAGGGGUAGGAGAGAGGGAGGUGGUGAGGACCCUCUGUAUUGGAAAACAAGCACCCAGGGAAAUUGACGUGGUCCGAGCCCAUUUUCAAAAACAAACAAACAAAAAGUAUUAUGGAGAUUUCACCACUCUUCUGUGUGGCAAGGACUGAUGGCAGUUAGGACUUUAGUUUGUGGCAUAAAGUGCUUUUAAAAGAAACACUUGGAUGAAUAGGAAAUUCCUUGAAUGUUAAUUGUAACUGUAAACGUGUUAAAACUAGCCAAAGAGGACGCACUGGUGUUGGUCUCAGCCUUCCUUACAUUUUUGAUAAAGCCCAUAGGCCCCAAAGUCCCGGCUUCUUACAUUUCUGUAGUUUCACGCAUUACGCAUUCGCUAAACCGCUUGCCUUUUAUUUUCUUUCAAAGGCAGAACUGUAUUGAAGCAUAACCCUGUAUUUCCUACUAGUAAAUACAGUAUAUUAAAAGGGAUACUUUUUUUAAAAAACAAUCUUUCAUUAUUACAAAAGCCAGACAUAACCCUUUUGAGAUAUAAAGUACUGGCAAACAUAAUCCCUGGCUAAAAUUUAAUCUGGGCCUUUGGGGUUUUUUCCUGGGAAGGCAGGAGUGUUGUCCUUUAAUUCAUAUCACCACUUCAUUGACGCAGUUACUGUUCCUUUAGGAAAAAUGAAAGGGAAGUUGCAGAAUUUACAUUCAGCACAACUAAAUUUGCUUUUUAAUGAGUGGUUAAAACUAAGACUUGAAAGCAGAGGUCUUCGUCACUGUUCAGCUUCUCAGUUGAGCUAUCUGAUUAAAAACAACCAUGACCUCAACAGACUUGACCCAAACCCAAGUCUAACUUCAGUAUCUUUGGUUAGACAUUAGUUACUUGUUCAAACCUAAAUUGAGACAGUGUAAAUACCAGUGUUUACUAGAUAAGGUCCAGAAAAAAAAAAAAAAACACUCUCAUAGCACACCUUGGAUGAAUAAUUUGAUUAACAAUUGCAUGUAGCCAUCAAUAAAAGCACAUAAAAUGACUUGAAUUACUCUUAUCUGGCUCAAGCCUGUCCACAUGCCAGGAGAUGGAAGUGUUACACCUUCUUGGUAGUUGGAGACAGCCCUGGUGGGGACUCAGUGUAAUCUUUCUAGGUAUUUCAAUGAGAACUUAUCAGCUGUAGCUAGCUGCUGGCUGAUUUCCCCCUGGAGCUCAGUACUUCUGAGGAAUGUGGGCUCUAAUCUGUCCUUGGAGGUAUUAACAAUGGGGUGUGUGCGUGGUGCUGGCCUGGUGCACAAGCCUGGUAUCAGCCUAACUGUUAAGGAGCUGGCUCUAGUUUCAGCUCUAACGUGAAGAUAACUUAAGAGGU